GAGCCGCGACCGGAGCAAAGGGCCUCCCCUAGAUCUGGUGAUCCGUAGUGCCGGAUCCGCGAUCUGGGCCUGUCGUCGCUCUCGCUCUCUCCGACUGAUGGUCUUGGGGAUCACAGUUUUCGAAGCGGUUUCCAGGUGAGAUCACCGGUGAGGGUCUUUCUUUCUUUGCUGAUUCCUUCUACAUUUGGAAGCGGAAGAAGACGAAACCCUAUUCAUUCUACCGAUAGAUCUCGCUCCUCCUCAUCGGAAUUCAGCGGUCGUCCUCACGGGAGGCCUGGUGUGUGGAGUGAUGUUCUGAGAAGAAGCCGGCGCUCGAUCAAAGAGGAAAUUGCCAGCGUGAGUGUACUCGCGUGAAGAUGGCUGGGGCUGCGGGCGGUUUCGUGACGCGCUCUUUCGCGUCUAUGCAAAAAGAAUGCUCCGGGAAGAAGUAUGGGGCGCUCCAGAAGGCUCUUCAGGAAUACAUAGAUCGUACUAAAGAGGUCAGUCAGCCGCCUGCUUCCAGUGAUAAGAAUCGUGCAACAACUUCGCCUGAAGAUGAAACUAGGUUGCCUGGUGAGGCAGAAACAGCAAAAAAUGAAAAAACGGUGGAUGGUACCGGAACAGAUCAAAUUGAUAAGACAGGGGGAACAAGUGAGACUGUUACAGCAGCCUUGUCUUCUGCUGGCCAUACUUUGAGUGUGGCUGAUUUAGAUAUUGUCUUGCAGCCUCUUCGUUUAGCAAUUGAGACAAAAAAUGUGAAACUUGUAGAGCUUGCCCUUGAUUGCCUUCAUAAACUCAUUGCCUAUGAUCAUUUGGAAGGCGAUCCUGGUCUAGAUGGUGGCCUAAAUGCUCCACUGUUCACUGAUAUUCUCAAUAUGGUCUGUGGCUGUAUUGAUAAUUCUUCAUCUGAUAGUACCAUCCUACAAGUUUUGAAGGUGCUUUUAACUGCUGUGGCAUCAAACAAGUUCAGAGUUCAUGGUGAAUGCCUGCUGGGAGUGAUUAGAGUAUGUUACAACAUUGCGCUUAACAGCAAGAGCCCUAUAAACCAGGCAACAUCAAAGGCCAUGCUGACUCAAAUGAUUAACAUCAUUUUUAGAAGAAUGGAGAAUGAUCAGACUCCCACAAAUGAUCCUGUAACAGUGGAAGAAAAAAGUGAAGUUGCUCUCCCUGCAUCAGACAAUUUAGAACAUGCAGUUGGUUCUUCACCUGAGGGAACACCCAUGGACAAGCAAGAUGAUGAAAAAAAGACUUUGGGGGAUGCACUUUCCAUGGAUCAUGAGAGAGAUGCACCUCUUGCAAUUGUUGAAGAGCUUCAACAUCUUGCUGGUGGUGCAGAUAUCAAGGGUUUGGAGGCUGUUCUUGACAAGGCAGUUCAACUUGAGGAUGGGAAAAGAGUAUCUCGUGGGAUUGAACUUGAGAGCAUGAGUGUGGGGCAACAUGAUGCUUUGCUGUUGUUCCGAACACUUUGCAAGAUGAGUAUGAAAGAAGAUAAUGAUGAAGUUUCUAUCAAGACAAGAUUGCUGUCUCUUGAACUUUUACAGAGCUUAUUAGAAGGGGUGAGCAUGUCUUUUACCAGGAACUUUCAUUUUAUUGAUUCAGUUAAAGCAUAUCUUUCCUAUGCUUUGUUGCGGGCAUCUGUUUCUCCAUCACCAGCCGUCUUUCAGCAUGCAACUGGAAUUUUCAUGGUGCUUUUGCUGCGGUUUAGGGAAAGUUUAAAGGGAGAGGUAGGAGUCUUCUUCCCGCUGAUCAUACUACGGUCACUGGACAAUGCUGAGAGUUCCACUAGUCAAAGGACAAGUGUUCUACGAAUGCUUGAGAAAGUAUGCAGGGAUCCUCAAAUGCUUGCUGAUAUAUUUGUCAACUAUGACUGUGAUCUUGACUCACCUAACCUUUUUGAGCGAAUGGUUCAUGCUCUUUCUAGGAUAGGGCAAGGGUCUCCAAGUACCGAGCCAAAUUCAGUUAAUUUAUCUCAAAACACAUCCAUCAAAGCUUUAUCUUUGCAGUGUCUUGUGAGUGUAUUAAAAUCACUUGUUGACUGGGAGAGAUCACAACGGGAAUCUGCUGAACUGGCUAACAUUGAUCAUGGCUCUGGAGAGGAUCCGUUGGCAAGGGAAGCUGGUGAUGGUGAUGUAAAACAUAAGGAUGACUCGGUAAAUCAAUUUGAAAAGGCCAAGGCACAUAAGUCAACAAUGGAAGCCGCUAUUGCUGAGUUCAAUAGGAAACCAGUUAAAGGUAUAGAAUACUUGGUUGGAAACAUGUUGAUUGAAAACACACCAGCAUCUAUAGCUCAUUUUCUCAAAAAUACUCCUAGCCUGGAUAAGGCUAUGAUUGGUGACUAUCUGGGUCAGCACGAAGGGUUUCCACUAGCUGUUAUGCAUGCUUAUGUUGACUCCAUGAAUUUCUCUGGGUUAAAGUUUGAUGCUGCAAUUAGGGAAUUCCUGAAAGGGUUUCGACUUCCUGGAGAAGCACAAAAAAUUGAUCGUUUCAUGGAAAAAUUUGCUGAACGUUACUGUGCUGACAACCCAGGGCUUUUCAAAAACCCAGAUACUGCAUAUUUUCUUGCAUAUGCUGUAAUCAUGUUGAACACUGAUGCACACAAUCCCAAUGCGAAGUCUCGUAUGUCGAAAUCUGACUUUGUACGGAUGAACUCCUCCACUGAUGCCGAGGAACAUGCACCUAUGGAGCUCCUGGAGGAGAUCUAUGAUUCUAUUGUCAAAGAAGAAAUAAAGUUGAAGGAUUAUGAAGCAGGCAGUGGCAGAAAUAUCAGGCACAGGUCAGAAACAGAGGGAGGUCGCCUUGUCAGUAUUCUUAACUUGGCCCUUCCAAAAAGAAAAUCUGCCAGUGACACAAAGAAGGAAAGUGAUGACAUUGUUAAACACACACAAGCCUUCUUCCGGAAGCAAGGAAAGAAGAGAGGUGUCUUCUACACGGCACAUCAGAUAGAGCUAGUACGUCCAAUGCUUGAAGCUGUGGGAUGGCCAUUGCUUGCUGCAUUUUCUGUUACUAUGGAGGAUAGUGAAAACAAGCCAAGGGUUAUUUUGUGUAUGGAAGGAUUAAGGGCUGGUAUACAUUUGACACGUGUUCUAGGUAUGGACACCAUGCGCUAUGCCUUCUUGACAUCUCUUGUAAGAUUUACCUUUUUGCAUGCUCCAAAGGAGAUGAGAAGCAAAAACGUGGAAGCGCUGAGAACUCUGCUGGCACUUUGUGAUGUUGAGACAGAUUCGCUACAGGACACAUGGAAUGCAGUACUGGAAUGCGUCUCCAGGCUGGAAUAUAUCACUUCAACACCAGCUAUUGCUGCCACUGUUAUGCAAGGCUCAAACCAAAUUUCUAGAGAUGCUGUACUCCUGUCGCUGCGAGAGCUGGCGGGAAAACCAACGGAGCAAGUAUUUGUUAACAGUGUCAAAUUACCUAGUGAUUCGGUGGUUGAAUUUUUCACAGCACUUUGUGGGGUUUCCGCUGAAGAGUUAAAACAAACACCUGCACGUGUCUUCAGCCUUCAGAAACUUGUGGAGAUUAGUUACUACAAUAUGGCUCGAAUUAGAAUGGUAUGGGCUCGGAUCUGGUCUAUUUUGUCUCUCCAUUUCAUUUCAGCUGGGAGCCAUGGCGACGAGAAAAUUGCUAUGUAUGCCAUUGAUUCACUGAGGCAGCUUGGGAUGAAGUACCUUGAACGUGCUGAGCUCACCAAGUUUACUUUCCAGAAUGACAUCCUGAAACCGUUUGUCGUUUUAAUGAGGAAUAGCCGGAGUCCCACCAUUCGCAGUCUUAUUGUUGAUUGUAUUGUUCAAAUGAUCAAAUCCAAGGUGGGAAGCAUAAAAUCUGGAUGGAAAAGUGUCUUUAUGAUCUUUACAGCAGCUGCUGAUGAUGAAACGGAAACAAUUGCUGAAGGUGCUUUUGAAAAUGUGGAACAAGUUAUCUUGGAACACUUUGAUCAAGUUGUUGGUGACUGUUUCAUGGACUGCGUCAAUUGCCUGAUUGGGUUUGCCAACAAUAAAACAUCUGUAAGGAUAAGCUUGAAGGCUAUUGCACUGCUUCGCAUAUGUGAGGAUCGUCUUGCUGAGGGUCUUAUACCUGGUGGUGCCUUAAAGCCAGUUAUUGAUGAUAGAGAUCCUCAUUUUGAUGUCACUGAACAUUACUGGUUUCCAAUGUUGGCGGGUUUAUCAGAUUUGACAUCCGACCCAAGGUUGGAGGUCAGAAACUGUGCGCUUGAAGUCCUUUUUGAUUUGCUGAAUGAAAGAGGUCACAAAUUUUCAGCUGCAUUUUGGGAAAGCAUAUUCCACCGUGUUCUUUUUCCUAUUUUUGACCAUGUAAGAGAUGCGGGAAAGGGCGUGUCUUCCACGUGUGGUGAAGAAUGGCUCCGAGAAACCAGCAUCCAUUCCCUCCAAUUACUCUGUAAUCUUUUCAAUACUUUUUACAAGGAUGUGUGCUUUAUGUUACCGUCACUUCUCGGACUCUUGUUGGACUGUGCCAAGAAAACAGAUCAAGCAGUCGUUUCACUGUCAUUAGGUGCACUUGUCCACCUUAUAGAAGUUGGUGGCCACCAAUUCAGUGAUAGUGACUGGGAAACACUGUUGAUAAGCAUCCGGGAUGCUACCUACACGACACAACCCCUUGAGCUGCUAAAUUCACUAGGUUUUGACGCACCAAAGAGCCCAAUUUUGUUGACAAACAAGCAGGCCACUGAUAGAGGUGUGAGUUUGCCUCCUGGUGUUGAUAGGGGAACCGACUCGCCUCGUGACCAUGACAUGGCAAAUGGUGUCAAUAAUGGACCCAAAAUUGAUGACAAUGUCAACAUUAUCCAGAGUCCAAGAGUUGCUGGUGCAUCUGAUAAGAAUUAUGAAGCACAAAUAAGAGUAAACUUAGAGGAAACAGAAGUUCUGCCAUCCCCUGUUGGGAAGACGGGAAAAGCUUCUGAUACAGAUAGUUUACAAAGGACACAGACAUUCAGUCAGCGGAUUAUGGGGAAUAUGAUGGACACCCUCUUGCUGAAGAACUUGACCAUGAAGUCCCGUAGUCGUUCUGGUGAUGUUUUGCUUCCUUCAUCUCCAAUGAAGGUGCAAGAUCCCAUUGAACCGGAGCACAAGGAUGAUGAAGAAAAUCCUCUUCUUGGAACAAUUAGGGGGAAAUGCAUUACCCAACUGCUAUUGUUAGGUGCCAUUGAUAGCAUACAGAGAAAGUACUGGAGUAAGUUGAAGGUCCCACAUAAGAUCACCAUUAUGGACGUUCUGUUAUCAGUUUUGGACUUUGCUGCUUCAUAUAACUCUUUUACCAACCUUAGGAUGCGUAUGCACCAGACACCUUCAGAAAGGCCACCUGUAAAUCUUCUUCGGCAAGAAAUAGCUGGAACUGACAUUUAUUUAGAUAUUUUACACAAGGCAACAUCUGCAAAUGAUUCUGAUGGUGGCAACCAGAUUCCUUCCAGUGGUUCACUUACUGGUGAACAAGAUGAUGAUUUAAGGGUUAUUAUUACUGAAUCAGAGGAAAAACUUAGAGAUUUAGCAGAAGGGAAGUUAGUUUCAUUCUGUGGACAGAUACUGAAAGAAGCGUCUGAGUUUCAGUCAAAUUCAGGCGAUGCUGUUAAUGUGGAUAUUCACUGUGUCAUCGAGCUUCGGUCUCCUGUCAUUGUCAAGGUACUGAAAGGGAUGUGUGUUAUGAACAGCCAAAUAUUCAGAAAGCAUCUCAGAGAAUUUUAUCCAUUUAUCACUAAACUUGUGUGCUGUGAUCAGAUGGAUAUCAGAGGAGCUUUGGGUGACCUAUUCACUGCUCAGCUCACCUCCCUUUUGCCCUGACUUUGUCUCAUCCAUUAUCUACUACACCACCCUUUGGUUGUACAUAAGGUUGAUGGGAGGACCUGAAAGCUGUUAGAGAUGAUCAGAAUCUUUCAACAAUUUUGUGAGCAAAACUGGUUAUGCUAGUUCAGCAUGUUCAUUGUUUAAUUAUCAAUUUUUGGGGCCUCCAUAUUGUAACUUGGUGAAUCAGCGGUUUGGAAAUACAGGCUUAAUUUCAACGUUUUGGAGCAUUAGCUAGUUUCUGAGGUUAGUGGGUUGUCAAAAAUCUAUAUGAACUGGAUACUGCAGGCAUGAAGCAUGGUACUGGUGAGGCUACAUUUCGUGGGCGUAUGAUUUCUCUUUCUAGAAGUGUGACGGAGGGUUAUCCAAUGUAUAAGAUCUGCCAGAGGUGCAGCAAGUUUGUAGGAUCCUAUCCAUUCACUUCCUUUAUUGGGGGUUUGUAUGGAUACUUUGCAAUUUCAGUUAGAUCAUGGGUCCUAGAACUGUAGUCAGUCUAUCUCCGAUCCAUAACUAGGUUUCUGAGCUUCCCUGUAAAUGCCUACAGUGCAAGAUGUAAAUGAGUUGUAAUCUCAGCAAUUGCCAUUACAUUCUUUCUUUAUUGUUGUCCUCUUAAUCUAAUUGUUUGUUGGUUGAACAGAAAUGCCUGAUUCAUUUCCCCGUUUUUCAUCUAUUUAUUCUUCAUUGUAAAUUUAACUAA